GAUUCAUUUUUUUUUUUCUUUCCGUUUCAGGCGCUGUUCUUCUGGGAAUCUCCGUCCACCAAAGCACCAAAUGCGAGCAAAUAGUUCCGCUUGCAGCCUAUUAAUUUUAGAAAAUGACCGAAAACUCCACCCUAGUCAGUAAGAAGAAACCUAUCCAGAAUGGAACCGGUGCCAAUCACAGUUACGGUGCAACCGACGAGAUAGUCACAGACACAACCCCAAACACAACCAUUGGAGAAGAUCCACCCAACGGUGGACCCCCCGGCCCCACGCCCGAACAUCCCACGCAAAUGGAGAGACGUUCCACCCUGAGGAUAGUGGAGAAGAUCGGCUUCGGCCUGGGACACGUGUACAAUGAUCUCUGCGCAGGAGUUUGGUUCAGCUAUACGCUGCUGUUCAUGCAAGGUGCCCUCGGAAUGCCGGCGGCCGAAGCCGGGGCCUUGGUCAUGCUGGGCCAGGUCGGGGACGCCAUAGCCACCCCAAUAGUGGGCUUCCUCACCGACAAGUAUGGCACCAAGCGUCAGUGGCACAUUGCUGGGACGUUCAUCGUGUUCCUGACGUUUCCGAUGAUCUUCUCGCUCUGUCCGUGGUGCGAAGUGGCCCCGCACUGGUGGGAAAUCAUGUACUUCAUCAUUGUGAUACUGUUGUUCCAGUUCGGGUGGCCAAUCGUGCAGAUCACCCACCUGGCCAUGAUUCCCGAGCUGUCUCGGUCGCAGAAGGACCGGUCGGACCUAACGGCGGUCCGGUAUUCGGUGUCCAUCAUUUCCAACGUGGUGGUUUACAUCGUCACCUGGGCGGUGCUUCGAAGUCGUACGACUGCAGACACCCAGAUAGGCCCCGGCGACGCCUAUCGAUUUCGUGAUAUCUCGUUAAUACUAACCCUGGUGGGGGUUUCCAUGUCCGUCCUGUUCAACUUUUCGCUCACAUUCAGCGGUUACGAGCAUAGGAGGCACACCGCCCUGCAGCAUAAUGUGAUCAAAGCAGAAGGAAAGAAGAAUUCCGAGCGGGACCCGGAAAAACAGUCCCUUCUGGACGGGACGGACGACGGCACGAGGGUGGAAGGCGUGGCCGGCACAUCAACGGCCAAUGGCACCGUACGUGGUGGUGGCGGCGACGAAGACGUAGUGCUGCGACGGCCGAAGAAGAACUUCUUCAAAUCUCCACUGCUGUAUCAGAAUGCGCUACUCUACGUCUUCUCGCGUCUCUUCAUGACGACCUCUCUAGUCUACAUGCCCCUCUGGCUGGACGAACGAUCCUCCCAGCCGGACCCGGUCCAGAACAAUGCCAGCGUGGAGCACCUGGCCACCGUUCCGUUGGUGUCCUUUCUGGCCUCGUUCAUCGCCUCGCUGGUGCUCAAGUACACCAACAAGUACGUCGGCAACAGUUUGAUCUACCUGGUCGGAUCGACCAUUAGCGUCGGGGUGUGCACGUGGAUCGCCCUCAGCACCAGUGCGGCUACCUUCAGCACGUUCGAGCUGUUGGUGAUCGCUUCGCUUUUCGGCGCGGGCAGUUCGAUCACCAUGAUCAGUAGCUUGUGCAUAACGGCGGAUAUGAUCGGCAAGCAUGCCGACCAGGGUGGCUUCAUCUAUUCGGCGGUCACGUUCACCGAUAAGCUUAUCACGGGCAUCGUGGUCGUCAUCAUUGAGUCCAUGAAAUGUACGAACCGGAGCGACUGUCCCGACUACUACCGA